CGGUCGGUCCCGGCUGUCGGUCCCGGUGUCCGUCCGUCCGUCCCCGGUGUGUCUGUCUGUCUGUCCGUCCCUGGGCCGGUGCUCGGCGGCGCCAUGAACCGGCCCAAGGCGGCGGCCGUGCGGCGGCCCAGCGCCGUGCCCAAGCCCUCCGCGCACCCGCCGCCCGGAGAUUUCAUCGCGCUGGGCUCCAAGGGGCAGAGCGGCGAGGGCAAGGCGGCCGUGGCGCUGCUGAAGCCGGCGCCGCCCGGGCUGCCCUCGGAGCGCAAGCGGGACGCGGCCGCCGCCUUGGCGGGCCCGGCGGGGCUGCCCGGGCUCACCAAGCGCCCCAAGCUCUCCUCCACGCCGCCCCUCAGCGCCCUGGGACGCCUGGCAGAGGCGGCCGUGGCGGAGAAAAGAGCCAUCUCGCCCUCCAUCAAGGAGCCGUCUGUCAUCCCCAUCGAAGUUGUCCCCACGGUGCUGCUGGAUGAGAUUGAGGCAGCAGAGGCAGAAGGCAACGAUGACCGUAUUGAGGGCGUGCUGUGUGGAGCUGUGAAGCAGCUGAAGAUGAACAGAGCCAAACCUGACACCACUCUCUACCUGAGCCUUAUGUACCUGGCAAAAAUCAAACCCAACAUAUUUGCCACCGAAGGAGUUAUCGAGGCACUGUGCAGCCUACUCCGAAGAGAUGCCUCCAUCAAUUUCAAAGCCAAAGGGAAUAGUCUUGUGUCUGUCUUGGCAUGCAACCUUCUCAUGGCAGCCUAUGAAGAGGAUGAGAACUGGCCGGAGAUCUUUGUCAAGGUGUACAUCGAGGACUCCCUUGGGGAGCGCAUCUGGGUGGACAGCCCUCACUGCAAGACGUUUGUGGAUAACAUCCAGACAGCUUUUAACACCAAGAUGCCUCCUAAGACCAUGCUCUUGCAUGGAGAAGUUGGACGUAGUGGAGGGGACCUUAGUGCUGGGAGUAGCCCACACCCUUCCAUGACAGAGGAGGAGGACAGCCAGAGUGAGCUGCUGAUUGCAGAGGAGAAAAUGAGCCCAGAGCAGGCGGGCCAGCUCAUGCCCAGGUAUGAAGACCUUGCAGAGAGUGUGGAGGAAUAUGUCCUGGACAUGCUUCGGGACCAGCUGAACCGGCGCCAGCCCAUGGACAAUGUCUCCAGGAACCUCCUGCGGCUGCUAACAGCAACCUGUGGCUACAAAGAGGUGCGUCAGAUGGCUGUGCAGAGGCUGGAGAUGUGGCUGCAGAAUCCAAAGCUGACCAAGCCAGCUCAGGACUUGCUGAUGUCAGUCUGUAUGAACUGUAACACCCACAGCUCAGAGGACAUGGAAGUUAUCUCCAACCUGAUCAAAAUUCGUCUCAAGCCAAAAGUCCUUCUCAACCACUACAUGCUGUGUGUCAGAGAGCUGCUGAAUGCACACAGGGAUAACCUGGGCACCACCAUUAAGUUUGUGAUUUUCAAUGAACUAUCAAAUGCAAGAAAUCCCAACAAUAUGCAGAUCCUGUAUACUGUGCUUCAGCACAGCUCAGAGCAAGCUCCAAAGUACCUGGCAAUGGUGUUCCAGGACCUGUUGACCACCAAGGACGAUUACCUGCGAGCUUCACGGGCUCUGCUGAGGGAGAUCAUCAAACAGACAAAGCAUGAGAUCAACUUCCAGGCCUUCUGCCUGGGUCUCAUGCAGGAGCGGAAGGAGGCCCUGUAUGCAGAGAUGGAGUUCAAGGAGCGGUUUGUCAUUCACAUAACCGACCUGCUCGCUGUCUCCAUGAUGCUGGGUAUCACAGCCCAGGUGAAGGAGGCUGGAAUUGCUUGGGACAAAGGAGAGAAAAAGAACCUGGAAGUGCUGCGCUCUUUCCAGAACCAAAUUGCUGCUAUCCAGCGUGAUGCUGUCUGGUGGCUGCAUACAGUUGUUCCAUCUAUCAGCAAGCUGGCUCCAAAGGACUAUGUGCACUGCCUCCACAAGGUGCUCUUCACAGAACAGCCAGAAACCUACUACAAAUGGGACAACUGGCCCCCUGAGAGUGACCGCAACUUCUUCCUCCGCCUGUGCUCCGAGGUGCCCAUCCUGGAGGACACACUGAUGCGCAUCCUGGUGAUCGGGCUGUCGCGGGACCUGCCCCUGGGCCCCGCCGAUGCCAUGGAGCUCGCCGACCACUUGGUGAAGAGGGCUGCAGCUGUGCAGGCAGAUGAUGUUGAGGUCCUGAGGGUAGAAAGAAUCCAGCUGAUCGAUGCAGUCUUAAAUCUGUGCACUUAUCACCAUCCAGAGAAUAUCCAGCUACCUCCAGGAUACCAGCCUCCAAAUCUAGCUAUUUCUACUCUUUACUGGAAAGCCUGGCCUCUCCUGCUAGUAGUGGCUGCAUUCAAUCCUGAAAAUAUUGGUCUGGCUGCAUGGGAGGAGUACCCCUCACUAAAGAUGCUUAUGGAAAUGGUCAUGACCAAUAAUUAUUCCUAUCCUCAAUGUACCUUGACGGAUGAGGAGACACGCACAGAGAUGAUUAAUCGUGAACUUCAAAUCUCCCAGAGAGAAAAACAGGAGAUUCUGGCAUUUGAGGGUCAUCUGGCAGCUGCAUCCACAAAACAAACAAUUACAGAAAGCAGCAGCCUCUUGCUGUCUCAGCUGACAAGUCUGGACCCUCAGGGCCCCCCUCGCAGACCUCCGCCGCAUGUCCUGGAGCAGGUGAAAAGCCUGAACCAGUCUCUUCGCUUGGGCCACCUGCUAUGUCGCAGUCGCCAUCCUGACUUUCUUCUCAACAUCAUCCAAAGACAGGCCUCAUCACAGUCAAUGCCAUGGCUGGCAGAUCUGGUUCAGUCCAGUGAGGGCUCCUUGGAUGUCCUGCCCGUGCAGUGUCUUUGUGAGUUCCUGCUUCAUGAUGCUGCUGAUGAAUCGACCUCAGGGGAAGAAGAAGAGGAGGGUGAGAGUAAGGACCAGCGUGCCAAGAAACGCCAGAGACAACAGAAACAAAGGCAGUUGCUUGGACGCUUGCAAGACUUGCUGUUGGGACCCAAAGCAGAUGAACAGACAACCUGCGAGGUGCUUGACUACUUCCUGCGGCGCCUGAGUUCCUCCCAGGUGGCUUCCCGGGUCCUGGCCAUGAAGGGCCUGUCCUUGGUGCUGUCGGAAGGAGGAAUGCGCGAUGGGGAGGAGAAGGAUCACCCCAUGGAAGAAGACUCUGGUGAUUCUGAGCUGCUGCAGGGAUAUCAGUGGCUGCUGAGAGACCUCCCGAGGCUGCCACUGUUUGACAGUGUGAGAGCCACGACAGCUCUGGCCUUGCAGCAGGCCAUCCACAUGGAAACAGAUCCCCAGACCAUCAGUGCUUACCUGGUGUACCUCUCCCAGCAUGCCCCAGUAGAGGAGCAGGGACAGCACAACGACCUUGCUCUGGAUGUCGCCCGGCUGAUUGUGGAGCGCUCCACCAUCAUGUCCCACCUGUUCUCCAAGCUCUCCUACAGCGCUGAGUCAGAUGCAGUGCUCGUGGCUCUGCUCUCCAUCUUCUCCCACUACAUCAAGCGCAUGCGGCAGAGCAAGGAGGGCGAGGAGGUGUACAGCUGGUCAGAGUCCCAGGAUCAGGUGUUCCUUCGUUGGACUAGUGGGGAAACAGCCACCAUGCACAUCCUUGUGGUCCAUGCCAUGGUUAUUCUCCUGACACUAGGGCCACCUCAAGCAGGGGAUGGUGAUUUUUACACCUUACUGGAUAUAUGGUUCCCGGAGAAAAAGCCCCUUCCUACUGCUUUCCUGGUUGACACCUCCGAGGAGGCUCUGCUGCUCCCUGACUGGCUGAAGCUGCGGAUGAUCCGCUCCGAGGUCCCACGGCUUGUGGAUGCAGCCCUGCAGGACCUGGAGCCACAGCAGCUGCUUCUCUUUGUUCAGUCCUUUGGAAUCCCAGUUUCCAGCAUGAGCAAACUUCUGCAGUACCUGGAUCAGGCAGUAUCUCAUGACCCACAGACGCUGGAGCAGAACAUCAUGGACAAGAACUACAUGGCUCACCUUGUGGAGGUUCAACAUGAGAGAGGAGCAACAGGAGGCCAGACUUUCCACUCCCUGCUUACUGCCUCCUUACCAGCCCGCCGAGACAGCGCUGAGACUGCAAGGUCAAAAUCUAGUCCUGAAAACUCUCAAAGUCAGAGUCGGAUCCGGGCCUUGAGCCAGGUCCGUGUUCUGGGCCCAGAAGAUGAUCUGGCAGCCAUCUUGCUGCAGCUUUUCCCACUGACCCCGGACCAGCGGUGGCAGAACUCCAGCCUGCGGCCACUGGCCCUGGCACUGCAGCAGUCGCUGGGGCAGGAGCUGGCCCAGAUCCGCCAAGGGGCCAAGCCAGAGAGCGGGGUGACAGCCAGCGGGGUGACAGCCAGUGGGGUGACAGCCAGCGGGGUGACGGCCAGCGGGGUGACGGCCAGCGGGGUGACAGCCAGCGGGGUGACGGCCAGCGGGGGCACAGCCAGCGGGGUGACAGCCAGCGGGGUGACAGCCAGCGGGGUGACAGCCAGCGGGGUGAUGGCCAGCGGGGUGACAGCCAGCGGGGGCACAGCCAGCGGGGUGACGGCCAGCGGGGUGACGGCGCGGCUGCUGCAGGCCGUGGCUGCGCUGCUCAACUCCGCACACGGCGGAGCCCUGGUCAUGGCCAUGCACCGCCACCACUUCAUCUCCUGCCCGCUCAUGCGCCAGCUCUACCAGUACCACCGCUGCAUGCCACAGGACACUGCCUUCUCCUCGCUCUUCUUCAAAGUGCUCAUGCAGAUGCUGCAGUGGUUGGAGAACCCCGCGGUGGAAGAUGGUCCCCUGCGAGCUCAGCUGAAGGCCUUUGCUGUGCAAUACUCCUCAAGGCACAGGAUCAGUGAUGUGCGAGGUGGCUUCUUGCACCUCACAGAAGCUCUUUCUUUCCGUCGUGACCCGGACUUGAUCAGCUCCACAGUCUGUGCCAUCAUUGCAACCCUGAAAUCAGGAGAGAAAUGUAAUGUGGAGCCAGAGCUCAUCAGCAAAGUCCUUCAAGGUCUGAUUGAAACCCACUCUCCUUACCUGGAGGAGCUCCUGACUGUCCUCUUCUCAGCUACUGUUGACACCAGGUGUCCUGCCAUGAAACCAAUUGCUGUGGUGUGCUCCUUGUUGCUCCAGGACAAAGAAGAAACACCAGUAAAGAAGGAGGUGGAGAGUUGCAGUGCUGACUCGGCUUGGCCAGGGCCUGCCUCUGGUCUUCUCAAUGACUGGCUGGAGAUGUUGGACCCAGAGGUGAUCAGCAGCUGUCCUGAUCUACAGCAGAAGCUACUGUUCUCCUGGAACAAAGCAGGGUCCCAGGUGCCCUCCUUCCGCCCAUACCUCUUGGCUCUUCUGACUCACCAGUCCAGCUGGAGCACACUGCACCAGUGCAUCAGGCUUCUGCUUGGCAGGAACAGGGAGCAAAGGUUUGAUCCAACUGCAUCCUUGGAUUUCUUGUGGGCCUGUAUUCACAUUCCUCGGAUCUGGCAGGGAAGGGACCAGAGAACUCCUCAGAAGCGCCGUGAGGAAUUCGUGCUCCACCUGAGGGCAUCAGAACUGAUCAGCAUGGUGGAGCUGAUCCUGGCUGAGGCAGAGACCAGAUACCAGAACGCUGACGAGGCCUCCUGCACGCUCAUCCAGUCCCGACUGCCGCUGCUGCUCAGUUGUUCUCAUGGAGACCUUGAGAAUGUCAAAAAAGUAACAGAAUAUUUGACCAGCUGCAUCCAGCAGUGGGGAAGCAGCUCUGUGGGGAAAUGCUGCCAGGACCUUCUGCUGCAGAUAUACCUGCAACUACCUGAGCUCCUUGUGCCUAUGCCUGAGAUGCUUCUUACCAGUGAAGGAGCCAGAGACAGCAGCACUUGCAAGCUUGAUGCCCUGGUUCACAGAUUCAUUAACCUCCUCGCAGACACCAGUGACUCCAAGUCAUCGGAAAGCCGCGUGUGGGAUGCCAAUAUGGCCUGCAGGAAGUUGGCUGUGGCUCAUCCCAUCCUCCUCCUUAGGCACUUACCAAUGAUUGCAGCACUGCUGCACGGCCGCGUUCACCUCAAUUUCCAGGAAUUCAGGCAGCAGAACCACUUGACCUUCUUCAUCCAUGUCCUGGGGAUCCUGGAGCUGCUCCAGCCGCAGGUCUUCCAGAACGAGCACCAGGCGGCACUCUGGGACUGUCUCCUCUCCUUCAUCCGGCUGCUGCUGAACUACAGAAAAUCUUCACGGCACCUGGCUGCCUUCAUCAGCAAGUUUGUCCAGUUUAUCCACAAGUACAUCACGUGCAAUGCCCAGGCAGCUGUCUCCUUCUUGCAGAAGCACUCGGAUCCACUCCAUGACCUGUCAUCAGACAACAGUGACCUAGCAAUGCUGAAGUCCCUUCUGGCUGGGCUGAGUCUGCCUAGUAAGAGUGGCAUCUUGGACAGGGGCUCUGAUGAAGAGAAAGAUGAUGAAGCAGCUGCUGGCUCUCUCCCCCUGGUCAGCGUGUCCCUCUUCACUCCCCUCACGCCGGCUGAAAUGGCCCCGUACAUGAAGAGGCUCUCCAGAGGCCAGACAGUGGAGGACAUCCUGGAGGUGCUGACAGACAUCGAUGAGAUGUCCAGACGGAGGCCAGAAAUUCUUGCCUUUUUUGCUACAAACCUGCAGAAGCUGAUGAGUUCAUCAGAGGAUUCCUGCCGAAACCUGGCCUUCAGCCUGGCUUUGCGCUCCAUCCAGAACAACCCCAGCAUUGCUGCAGAUUUCCUGCCCACCUACAUGUACUGCCUCGGCAGCCGAGACUUCGAGGUGGUGCAGACAGCUCUGAGGAACCUGCCUGAAUACACCCUCCUUUGCCAGGAGCACGCAGCAGUGCUGCUGCACAGGGCCUUCCUGGUGGGCAUGUACGGCCAGAUCGACACCAGCUCCCAGAUCUCAGAGGCCUUGAAGAUUCUGCACAUGGAGGCCAUGAUAUGAACGUGUGGUUCUGGGAGUUCCACUUCCAGAGGAAUUAAUUUAAUGGAUUCAUCAGCUGCAUUACAACCCUGUAAGAAGAACAGUGUAUUGUAACCCAUGUGCUGGAGGAUCAGAGGUGAUGUAGGCCAGACUGGGCUGGAAAAGAAGAAGGUGCUGACUGAAGAUCAGAAAAGGGCAAGGAUCAAUCUGGCUGGCUAAGAUGCCAUUAUUGUGGGAGAAAAAUCUCCUAAACAUUGUGCCAAACAGGGACCACUUCCUUCAUGGGGUCUUGGGACAGUGGCUGUCGGUUUGUUUGGGGUUUUUUGUGUCUCCAAGAAGGCAGAGCUGCUGGGAGAGCAGAAGGGAGUGAGUGUUGGCCCUUACAUUAGAAAUGUCUGCACUCUCUGUGUUGGAGAGAACAUGCAGAUUUGUGCAGGGGGAGAGACCACUUUGGUUUCUGGGGGUGGAUGUUUUUUUUAUUUUAUAAUUAAAAUUCUCUUUGUUUCCA